CCGGUGCAGGAUUUGAAGACAAAGCUGUGGACCGAGUUCGCGUUGUCCAUAGGAAAACCUGUAUCUGAUGUUGAGAGAAGAUCGAGAUCACUCCGGACUCAGUACGGGAGGGUGCUGUGGCAUCCAGAGAGAGUCAGCACUGCCCAGCAAAAGAUGCUUAGGGAGAAACUUGAUUUCUUGAGGCCUUAUAUAGUUCGCAGGCGAAGUGAUUCAUAUCUGGAAGAAAAGUUUGAUGACCGGGAAGAGGAUGAUGAGGAGCUGGAGACUGAAGGAAGUUUUGAACAGGAGAUGGGAAGCUCAUUUGGUAGCCCACUGGAUGCUGAUGUGUCUGGGCAAGAUCUGAGUGACGAAUACCAGUCUGUUUCCUCCACCCCAAAUCUUGCUCCCCUGCACUGUCCAAACCCACAGCCUCAAGUCACAGAGGUCAUCUCUUUGAGCUGUCCACACCAUCACAACGAGGAGAGCUCUGACGAUCAGCCGACCCAAGGACCUGCAGCAAACACAGCCAGACACGACUUACUAAACCACUUUGCAGAGGUCAUGUUAGCUGAUAUGCGGCAGAUUCAAGACCCUAUGGUGCUCAUGAGACUUCGCCGAGAUAUCACCGACCUGGUGUUUAAAGCAGUGGAAGAGGACGUGCAGAGACAACGCGCUCGAGUGCCGUCUAUGCCCAUGCUGGGGGAGAGCACACGGAGCUGCUCCAGGCCUCAACAGUCGUGUUCACAGACAGACCUUUCUUGGGGGCAGAGGUUUAUGAAGAGAAAGAACAAAGGGUCUGAACUUGGAAGGAGGGUGCAGAGAUGGGAGGAGAUCAAACACAUGAGGAGAGUGUCCAGGAGUCAGUUAUUGCAGCCUGUCCAGCAAGGCCAAGCACCAGAGGGGGUGACUGAAAAUGGAACUCAGGUUAUUCUUCAGACUUCUGAGAUCAAGAGAGAGACAGAGCCACACACAGUGAAGACUGAGGCUGAAACACUUCCAUUGGCCUGAAUAUAGAUACAGAGUUUACUCUCCUCUGUAAUACAGUUGGCACAGUCAGUAGGUGUAGGUUAGUAAGCUACUUCAGACCUGGAACACUUAAAUCAGUUAGUCAGCAUUAAAUGAUAACAGUAGAAAACUAUACUACCAAGUGUUGUUCAUAAUUUCCCUCUUUUCCAUACAGAAGUCCUGACACUUUGGAGAGGGAGUCAGAUAAAAACCAGGAUAAAGACGUAUGAGAGGACUUAAAGACCCAAAAUUACAAUACAAAGAACUAGAUCUAACAGACUUUUUAGAUCUUUGUCUUUUUCACACAUAAUUCUAGUUUCUAAUAAAUCUCUGCCUCUCAAAACCAUUUCAGACUAAUAAAUGCCUGCUCUAUGUUUACCUUAAGAGUGCUAUUAAACACAUUGUGCUUUAAACACAAGGCAUUGGGCACUGUGUGACCCAACUCAAAUAGAUGAAGCUUAAUGUUUUGAUGUUCUGCUCUUAUUAAAGAGAAAA